AUAAACCAAAAAUAGUGAAUAAGGAUAAUGAUAUAAAUAAAGAUGAAAAUAAAAGUAAAGUAAAUAAGAAUGAUGAUAAUAACUAUGAGAAUAAUAACAAUAUAGAUGAUAAUAUAUAUGAAAAUAAAAAUAAAAGCAAAAUAAGCAAAAAUAAUAAUAAUAAUAAUAAUGACAAUUAUAACAAUAUAGAUGAGAAUAAUAAUAGUAUAGAUGAGGAUAACAAUAAUAA